AUGGGCGAUGCUCCUUCAGACAAGGUCAACGCAUCCGGGGGGACAGAAGGGACCACCUUGGCACCAGAGUCGAAUGCCUCGAAGGCAAUCUCAGUAACUGGUACCGAUAAUGACGGUCAAUCCAGACCGGCACAGGGCACAGGUUAUAUAAGACAUGGGCGAUAUGAGCCCCCAUCGCCCUUGAUCAUGAACCAUAUGGCCUAUUCACUGCCAAAUCCUCAGUCACAACCGUCGCCGUUUGAACCGCAUCUUGCAAACCAAUACCCGCCCGCUGCCACCCAAGGCAUGAUCUAUUCAAUGCCAUCAAUGGGUCCUUAUCAUGGACAGAAUGCAGGACUACCGUAUGGCGUUCCCUUUAAUCAGGCGUACCCGCCAUAUGGCCUACCGCAACAUCCAGGGACAGCACCACAUGGCGGGGGCCACUACCCAUCAUAUGUCGGAACCCCACCUCUACAGGCCAUGGGCGCCGGACAGGCCCCAAUGUAUGGGGGUGGUUAUUAUGCUCACCCUUACGCAGCGCCAUAUGCACAUGGAACGCCUCUUUUGACCGACCCAAUACAGCCACGUCCAGCUCGCCAGGAUUUUCGAGGACCUUCCGCCAACGCCCCGAAGGAAGACCGACGGCCCUCUGGAUUGAAUUAUGAUGUUUCAAAGACUAUUGUGGAUGGCUCGAAUUCUCGGAGAGCACAGGCUCCCUUAGUCGCCGACCCGAGUUUCCUUGCCCGUCCCAUGUCAACUUCCAAUACCCCACGAGGACCGCCACGCAAGCCCAAACAGUCUGGCAACGCCCUUUGGGUGGGUAAUCUCCCGCCGGGGGCCAAUGUAAUUGAUCUUAAGGACCACUUCUCGCAAGAUGCGACCAUCGACAUCGAGAGUGUGUUCCUUAUUUCCAAGAGCAACUGCGCAUUCGUGAACUACAAGUCAGCCUUAGCCUGUGCUGCCGCACUGGAGAGAUUCCAUGACUCCCGGUUUCAAGGGAUUCGUCUUGUCUGUCGACUUCGUAAAGGUUUUACGGUUCCCGGAUCGGGUUCUACGGGUCAGGCUUCUCGGCGUUCUGAGAAUAACGAGCCAGAUGAGGAGCCUUUUGUGCCCACUGCGUUUCGAGCUAUCCCACCUCUAGAUGAUGGGACCCGUUCCUCGGAUCGGUAUUUUAUUGUGAAGAGUUUAACCGUGGAAGAUCUUGAAUUGAGCAAACAGAGUGGCAUCUGGGCCACCCAGAGUCACAAUGAAACCACUCUGAAUCAGGCUUUCAAGACCACUGAGCAUGUAUAUCUAAUUUUCUCGGCCAACAAAUCUGGUGAGUACUUUGGAUAUGCUCGCAUGCUCUCCACGAUCGACGACGAUGAUGAGCUGUCAUUGGAGAUGCCCGCCCGCCCGGAGCCUCUCCCGGGAAAUAUGGAGGAUUUGGAGGUGACCCCGACCUCGGCCACUUCGACGGCACCGAAGGGUCGGAUCAUUGAUGACUCGGCCCGGGGGACGAUUUUCUGGGAGGUCGAAUCAUCUGAGGGAGAACAUGAUGAUGAUGCACGCAGCGAGAAGAGCGAGGCCCCAAUGGAGGAGCCUGAGCCAGAUGGACAAACAUUUGGCAAGCCCUUUCGCAUCCAAUGGCUCUCUACCGGUCGAGUCCCAUUUCAUCGCACUCGUGGAUUGCGUAAUCCGUGGAAUGCCAACCGCGAGGUGAAGAUUGCACGGGAUGGGACCGAAAUCGAGCCGACGGUCGGCCGAAAACUGCUUCAACUGUUCCACCAAAGCUGA